UUUGUACACCAAGGACAUAGCUAACAGGACACAUUUUAUUUUUCCUGCUUGAUGCCAUCUACAGGCAAGUCGUCGAUUCUGUUAUUGACUCAACUGUAAGUCAAAUUUAUUUUUUGCUGCUAUCUGUGUUGCGCCAAAAACUGAUUCCGUGUCAAAAUUGGAUUCCCGCCGCGAGAGGGUCCCCAAACUACGGCCCGCGGGCCAGAUCCGGCCCGCCAGCGUCCAAAAUCCGACCCGCGGAAACAUCAAUUGGGCACGAAUGGAGGUUAAACCAAGCAAAUCCCGCAGUAUCUCCAUCAUCAAGGGCCAGCUCACCAAUGAGAGGUUCCACAUCAACAACGAGCCAAUACCAACAGUUCUAGAAAAGCCUAUCAAAAGCCUUGGCCACUGGUAUAGCGCAGAACUCAAAGACUCCAAGCAGGUGGACCAACUCAGGCAGGAUACAAUCAGUGGCCUCAAUCAGAUCAAUAACACCGCUCUCCCUGGGAAGCUGAAACUGUGGUGCUUUCAGUUUGGGCUGCUGCCCCGUCUCAUGUGGCCAAUUUCCAUCUAUGAGGUCGCUCUAUCCCAUGCCAAUCGGCUGGAGAGGCUGGUGAAUGCACAAGUGAGGAAAUGGCUUGGACUGCCGAGAUGUCUUAGCAGCGUAGGCCUGUAUGGCAACGGAGCCCUCUCCCUACCGAUCUCAAGCGUGGUGGAGGAGUACAAAUGUGCCAAAUCAAGGCUGGAAAUGACUCUCACAGAAUCCCAGGAUCCAUUCGUCAGAGGUGCUGCUCCAACCCUAGCGACAGGGAGGAAAUGGAAUCCAUCUGCAGCAGUCGCAGUGGCAAAGACGGCCCUCAGACACCGGGAUAUAGUGGGGCAUGUCCAAUAUGGCAGAGGGGGCCUUGGUUUAGAAGAAACAACACCCACGUGGCAAAAGGCAACUGCAACCGAACGGCGGCACGUGGUUGUGGAGGAAGUGCGCCACCAGGAGGAAGCAGCCAGGUGUGCCAAGGCAGUCUCCCAAGCUCAGCAGGGCCGCUGGAUGAGGUGGGAGGGCGUGGAGAGGAGAAAAAUCACGUGGAACGAAAUAUGGAGCAUGGAGUCUAAUAGACUAAGCUUCAUCAUUAGAGCCACAUAUGAUGUCCUGCCCUCUCCAACCAACCUACAUCUCUGGUAUGGAGAGGACCCAGCCUGUCUCCAGUGUACAGCCCCAGCAACCCUCAAACACAUCUUGGUAGGUUGGAAGACCAGUCUGACUCAAGGGAGAUACACCUGGCGCCACAACCAGGUACUGAAGUGCUUGGCUGCCGAACUUGAGAAUAAGAGAGUGGUCACCAAUGCCAUGCCUCUAAAUGCUCAGGCAACCUUCCCAUGCAAAACAACUUUCAUCCGGGAAGGAGAGAAACGGCGGACCAAGCCAUCACCUCCAGACUUAGGCCCACUGAACGCAGCCCGAGAUUGGGAAAUGCGGGUAGACCUCAGCCAGAGGCUUAUCUUCCCACCCGAAAUUGCAGCAACCAGCCUGCGCCCAGACCUGGUCCUCUGGUCCAUGUCCUGCCACCGUGUCUUCAUCGUUGAGCUAACGGUCCCGUGGGAGGACCCCAUCGAUGAAGCAUUCGAACGGAAGAGGCUGCGAUAUACCAACUUGGCAGCUGAAGCAGAGGCACGGGGCUGGAACGUGAAGGUGUGACCAGUGGAGGUGGGCAGUAGAGGCUUUGUAGCCAGUUCCACCACAAGGCUCCUGAAAGAAGUAGGAAUCAGAGGACAGGCCCAACGCAAGGCUAUUAAAGAACUUUCCACCGCAGCAGAACGGAGCAGUCACUGGCUGUGGCUGAAGCGCAGGGAUGCAGCAUGGGCUGCCAAAUAACCACGUGGUGCCACCAUGCGACACACACCCAGGUCUGAUCAGCCGGUGGUGGGCCAACCUCGGCAGAGGGUGUCUUGUGAUAAAUGGCCGAAACGCCCAAUGACGUCGGGAAACACAACGGAAGAUGUGUUGUACUGGUGGCACCACGUGAUUAGUGCCAAACUCCACCCCACCCAAGAGGACAUCUCCAACCCCAUUUUAAUUGUUAUGCUGAAUAUUUAGGGAUCUUUAACAACUAGUCCUAUUAAGAAUCCAUUCUACCACUUGUCCUUAAUAAUGUUGACAAAAUAAUAGAAUGGAAAAUGACACAAUAUGUUACUGCAUACGUCAGCAAACUAAUUAGGAGCCUUUGUUUGUUUACUUACUACUAAAAGACAAGUUGUCUUGUAUGUUCACUAUUUUAUUUAAGGACACAAUUGCAAUAAUAAACAUGUUUAAUGUACCGUAAGAUUUUUUGUUAAAAUAAA